AAGAUUUGGUUACAAGAUAGCGAUUAUGCUUCUAUUUUUUUCAGUUGUUACUUCAACGUGAAUCAUAUCAAAUGAGUAAGUCUAACUAAAAACCAUUAUCUCAUUUCAAAAUACUGCUAAACUUUGAUCUCUGUACGUGAUUUCUAACGUUGCAUGAAUGAGAAUCUUAUCGAAUUGUAUCCAGGGUGCUUAAUAACAAUGCGAAAUUUCCCUUUUGUUUUUAAAAUUCAUUAAUAGGGAAGGAACGUGAAUAACAGGAGGGCGUUUUCAAUUGGCAUUAUUUUCCAUUGGUUUUUACUUGUUCUCUGUUUGAUAGCGUAUUUGAAAUAAUGGAUGAAGAGUUUGAGGAGUAUGUUUUUACAUGGAGGAUUAAAAACUAUUCUUCCUGUUACCAAGUUAAAGGUAAAGAUAUUGUGAGUCCCUUUUUUACGAUCGAAAAUAUCCCUGGUAGUCAGUGGAAUUUGUCGUUUUAUCCUAAAGGUUAUUCCAGCCUGAGAAACGAUUAAAGUUACGUUUCCUGUUACUUAGAGUGGACAGCGCUGUAUGACACGAUUAAAUCAGUCACAGUUUCUUACAAGAUCGAGAUUGUGGAUGAAAAAGAUUGUGUUUUGGAGGGUAUUGAGUCGAAAAAGCAGGAAUUUAAUAAACUGAAUUCAAACUGGGGAAAGAAUAAAUUCUUUGCUAUCCAUGAAUUGGACAAAGAAAUGAGCAAUUGGGUCAAAGAUGAAUUAACACUUCGGUGUCGAAUGAAGAGUGAUAAUCAACUCAGGCAAAAGCUAUCUGGGUCUGUUGCUUGUACUACCAUCGAAGUAGACCGAUUCUUUGUUGACUGGAAUGUUAAAAUACCUUCUUUGUUUGAGUAUUCUGAAAACAUUGCUUUCCCUAUCUCAGAUUUGUAUAAUGUAGACAUUGCUUUGAAUUCCAAGUCAGAAGCUUUAGCCAUUUCGGUUUGCUUCAAACAAAAUAAAUCUGAUAUAUCUCAGCGUUUGAUAUUUACGAUUUCUAUUUUUCAUAAAAUUGGAUGCAUGUUAGCUUCCAAGCGUGUUGUGCACGUGCAUGAAAAAACUGAACCGUGGCAUUUUCUCGAUUUCAUGACAAAGGACGUGUUGAAAAAUUGUGAAAUUAGUUCAUCUCGGUAUGAAUUUAAGCUGGAAUGUGAAGUUUGCGUUUCAAAGAAAAAUAUUUCUUCUAACUCUAUUGAAAAACUGCAGUUCGAGUCUCCUUUCAGCUGGGAGUCUUUACCGACGGAUAAUCCAACCUCUUCUGCGCAAAAUGAAUUUAGAAACAUUUUGGCAAGCAAAACUUAUUCUGAUGUUACAAUUCGAUGCAAAAAUGAUGAAUUUCCUGCUCAUAAGUUUGUUUUGAAAGUUCGAUCCCCAGUGUUUGCCGCCAUGUUUGAUCAAGACAUGCUGGAAAACAAAACAGGUGUAGUUGAUAUGACUGACAUUGAUGGAAAGACUUUAAAAGCGUUUCUUGAAUUUUUGUAUGCGGAUAAAGUGGAUAAAUUGGAUUACAGUAUUGCUAAGCAUCUAAUAUUGACUGCAGAUAAAUACCAAGUGUCAAUGCUUGUGGAUAAGUGUGCUUCAUUUUUGAUAUCCAUUAUAUCGAUUGAAAAUGCGUGUGAAAUUAUUGCAAUCGCUGAUAUGAUUGAUUGCAAGAAUUUGAAAUCUUUUGCGCUAAGUUUUAUUGAGCUCAAUGCUGCAGAUAUUUUAAAAACUGCAGCUUGGACAGAAUGGAUCGAAGGAAAUAUUAAACUAGCCACAUGUAUUUUAUCGAAGUUGUCAACAAAUUUCCGACAGAUUGGCAAUGAAAUUUAUCUAUAAUGGCUCCAUGAAGGUUUUCCUUGAUUUAUAUUUUACUAUAAUUAUUAUAGUUUAAAUAUUGAUUUCAAAUACUGAACGAUAUAUUUAACUAUCUUGUCUUAAUGUUAAGUGAAUGUUUAUGUUGUAACACCGAUACUUGAUGUUGAUACACUUUGUACUUGUACUUUUGUUAAAAAGUAUUUUGUUACAGUUUGUAACAAUUGCUAAAUAUUUUAUUCUUUA